GUCCACUUUUGUUGUAUCACUUAAAAUAUUAAGGAAUUUUAGAAAAUCAAGAAUUCAACUACUGUAAACUUCUGCAUAACGAGAGUAGAAGAAUUCUACAUCCCAAAAACAACAAUGCUUAGGACUGCAAUUUUUUUUUUCUUUGCAGCAUACAAGUAACAAAUAGGAGUUUGAUUUGUCCGAGAAUCUCAACAUUUCAAACCACGACGCCUAGCUUUUUUUUUUUUUAGAGGAGAGAGAAUCCAACAAAAUGAUUGAAAGAAGAAGCAAUAUAGCGAAUCCUUCUCUUUUCUAACUGACAACAUGGAUACUCUUACUCUCCGCGGAACACUUGAAGGUCACGGUAACUGGGUCACUGCCAUUGCCACUACUUCUGAGGCCCCUGAUAUGGUUUUGUCUGCCUCUCGUGAUAAGACCAUCAUUGUUUGGAACCUUACUAGAGAUGAAAUGAACUAUGGUGUCCCUCGUAAGUCUCUCGUCGGUCACUCUCACUUCAUUGAAGAUCUUGCCAUUUCUUCUGAUGGUCAAUUCGCUUUGUCCGCUUCUUGGGAUAAGACUCUCCGUCUUUGGGACUUGAACAGCGGUACUACUACUCGUCGUUUCGUUGGUCACACUAAUGAUGUCUUAUCUGUCUCCUUCUCUGCUGAUAACCGUCAAAUCGUUUCUGGUUCUCGUGAUAAGACUAUCAAGUUGUGGAACACCCUCGGUGAAUGCAAGUACAACAUCACUGAAGAUGGUCACAGCGAAUGGGUUUCUUGUGUUCGUUUCUCUCCUAAUCCUGCUAACCCUCUCAUCGUCUCUGGUGGUUGGGAUAAGCUUGUUAAGGUUUGGGAUUUGACCAAGAUGAAGCUUCGUACUAACUUCAUUGGUCACAAUGGUUAUGUUAACACCGUCACCAUUUCUCCUGAUGGUUCUCUCUGUGCCUCUGCUGGUAAGGAUGGUGUUGUUAUGCUUUGGGAUUUGAACGAUGCCAAGCACCUUUACUCUUUGGAUGCUGGAUCUGUUGUUCAUGCCCUUACCUUCUCUCCUAACCGUUACUGGCUCUGUGCUGCUACCGCUAACGGUAUUAAGAUUUGGGAUCUUGAAUCCAAGACUAUUGUUGACGAUCUUCGUCCUGAGUUCGCUCAAUUGGGUAAGAGAAAGAACCCUGAUCCCGAAUGUUUGUCUGUUUGUUGGAGUGCUGAUGGUGCUACUCUCUUCUCUGGUUACUCUGAUAACAUCAUCCGUGUCUGGCAAGUCACCCGUACUCUUUAAGUUAUAUAAACAACAACAAUAAUAAUAAAAACUAAAAAGAGUAUCCUCCUUUUUUUUUUCCCUGUUUUUUCUCUCUUCUUUUUUCCAUAUAUAUAACAUAUAUAAAAUGAAAUAAAAUAUAUAUAAAUAGUAUACAAAAAAAAAAAAAA